AUGGCGCUAUUCGGGACUUCUAACGCCCUGAUGUGCAGGGCGUUCCCAACAACUCUGCGGGGGCCAGCCCGCACAUGGUACAGCGGCCUGAAGCCAGGGACCGUCGCCUCCUUCGAUCAGCUCGCCAAGGAUUUCGAGCUUAACUUCCUGGCAUACGUCCGACCAAAGCCGUCCAUGGCGUUGCUCCUCGGGCUCAACCAGAAGGAGGACGAGCCCCUCUCCCAUUUUGUGAACCGAUUUACGACACAAAUCCGUGGAUUGUCGGAUGCUCACCCCUCUCUCUUGAUGCAGGCAUUCAUGACAGGCCUGCGGCCCUCCAGGUUCUUCUGGUCGCUUGUGGAGCGGCCCCCCGCCGUGGUCCCCGAGAUGCUCCAGCGUGCCAGUCAGUUUAUCGCCGCGGAGACUUGGAUGGCUGGAAAGUGGGAGGAGCACAAAAAGUGCUACGAGUUGAAGAGGCAAAUCGAGGAGCUCAUCCUCAGAGGUCACCUCGGCCAGUACCUCCGGCCGAACAAAGAGCAAUCGCCUCGCCCAGAGGGCCCCAUCGAGCGACACAUUGAUGUGAUAGUCGGGGGCCCCGCAUCAGGAGGAGGCUCCAUGUCGGGCAGGAAGGCAUAUGCCCGAACCGCUCCCGACGAAGCCUCGGGACACAAGCCUGAGCCCGAGAUUACCUUCCCAACCGGAGCUGCCGAGCGACCCGACCACGACGACGCCUUGGUGAUAUCGGCCAGGGUAGCCAACGCGCAGAUGAGGAGGAUCAUGGUCGACAUGGGGAGCUUGGCCGACAUACUCUACUUCGACGCCCUCCAAAAGCUGGGCUUGGCCAGGGAGAAUCUGAGCCCGAUGUGCUCGACGCUCACCGGUUUCACGGGAGAUUCAAUAUCAUCCCUGGGGGCUGUUACUUUGCCCUUGACUCUGGGGACCCCGCCAAAGUCGAAGACGGUGAUGACCACUUUCCUGGUGGUCGACCUUCCCACCGCUUACAAUGCCAUACUCGGUCGGCCGACCCUCAAUAAGGUCAGAGCCGUCGUCUCGACCUACUACCAGACCAUCAAAUUCCCAACCGGUGCUGGAGUCGGGGAAGUUAUGGGAAGCCCCUGA